AUGUUAGCAGAAUUAAUAUCAGAAUUAAAGAAAUCUAAUGAUGAAACACAAAAAAGAUUAAGUAGAAUGGAACAUACUCAAGAUAUCAAAAGUAGAAUAGAUCAAAUAUGGGUAUCAGAUAAUUUAGCAGACCAACUUUUUUGUGCUGACAUUAUAUCCAAAGAUUUGAAAAGUUACAGUGAUCAUGUAUAUGCAAUGAUGAAAAUAGAAGAUAAUAUAUUUAAACAUGCUAGAUCAAUAACAAAUCCAAUUGAAAUUAUGAACAGGAUAGAAUUUAAUUUUAAGGGAACAUCAGAAAAAAUGGAAAAAAUACAACCAACAGAUUGA